UAAAGGCUUUUCUUUCCGGGAAAAGAUGCACCAGGACCAAAUAAAUAAGGGAGCCUCCUCACCGUCAGGCUACCUAUCACACAAGACCCAGCCUCACCUGACCCUGUCACUCAGCCUCCGGGCCACCAAAGGAGAAAAGUUCACAGAUAACGAGAGCCAGAGAAGCAGAGCAGAAGGAAAAGAAGUCUGUGUCUUACAGGUGAAAAUGGUCCUCUGGGUUGCCUUGCUGAUGUCCCACUGUUAUUUGGGUCUGAAUGGAGCUGCGUCACACAGCACCGGACUGGAAAGGAUAGAGAAAUGUGGCACCAGGUGUUCCAAGGGCCUUCAGUGCAAGCCCAAGCCCCACAAUUGGUUUCCUCCUCGGUGUCUGAACCCCGCUGAAGGUCUGAACCAUUCCUCUGUGUUCCACAACAUGAACCUUUCCACCGUCAUGAGUUGUAAGGGAAGGCAGAAGUGCUCUCUACACCUCAGAAUCAAGACCACAUUAAAACUUACUGAGUCCAUCCAUGGUGUGUCCAUCUGCACCGACACUGCGGGGAUGAUGGCCAACUGCCAAAUGUUUCGCUUCAGAAGAAUGUCGACAGGCCAACUGUCUGGGCUGCAGGUGGAGGUUGAGAAUGAUUGCACCGACAUUUCUCCAGGCCAACACAUGAAAGUAAGAGUGAAUACUGUGCCGAGCUACUGCGGUGUAACCUGGACAGGAACUUAUGACGCUCCAGAUUGCAUCAGUGAAGAUUUGAGCAGACAUGUCCCAGAAUGCAUCACUGGGAGGCUAUCAUAUGAUGUAAACCCACAGAAGAAGGAGCUGAGUGUCAGUGUGUCAGACAUGUUGGAUGAUCAAGACUACCACCUCCGUCUGUGCCGCAAGGAUUUCAUCUGCAUUGGCACAGGGCCAUAUACACUGAUAAAGAAGGGGGAACAUAUAAAGAGUGCCAUCCUCCCAUACUCCCGACCUUUGCCCUGCCUCUGUAUCGAGGGAUGGUCAGCUGUGAUGGAUGCCCCGAGAGUCCAGGUCUGCCCGUUCAAACACCGUCUCGAGGAGCUGUGGUUUGGAAUUAACUUCGACUCACUUGAAGAGACGCUAUCAUGGGAGCCCCUCUGUCCCGAGACUGCAGUGGUUGUGUUGUGUCAGAAAAGAGGGGACGACGUCUGUGUGGAUCUGGCUCACUCCUCACAGAAUGUUAGCAGAGAAAAGAUAACAUUUACUAAAGUGGAUCCACACCCUCAUCUUUGCAUGAAGUUCACUACAGGCCAUCAGUCCUGGACCAGGUGCCCCUUUGUUGACGCCAGAUUCCAAGCAUGGGAGGUGGUUGUGACGAGACAACAGGGUCAGGAAGAUGUGAAGAUGUUGUCACAGAUCACUGCAACGUUUUCUGUGGGGCUGUGUGUGAAGUCUGAAGGCUCAACUGCGUGCCAGAUCACCAACACGCACACCAUGCACGUGGAGAGACAUAAAGCUGUUGACCUGAACCUGUCAGGAGAACAAUGCAACUUUUGUAUCCAGGUGAAGAGGCUCGAUGUGAAGUUUGCUGCCACAGUCAUUCACUGUCUUGAGCAAUGCAAUCAAACCUCUUGGGACUUGACUUGGGUCAUUUUACCUGCUGCCAUCUGCCUCUCUGGCAUCAUCAUUUUCACUCUGGCGCUCCACGUACUGUUAACCGUGUAUCAGAGGAGGAAGCAAAACAUGAAUAGAGGCUGCAACUCAGAAAAGAGAACAGAUCCUGCUUCUGACUGUGUAGUCCCGGUAUUACAAACUCAACCUGCACUCCAUGGAGGGUUCCUCAUUCCCGAUUCACCACAGUGUGGGAACACUGAGAAGGCCAACCUAAUCUCUGACUGACCAAAGAACGGUGCUCCGGUCAAAGACAUUACUUGUAAUGUUCAGCAUUAAACUGUAAAGUUGUUACACAAACCAAAGGAGUUCUCUGUUGAAUGCAGUUUACGAGAUAUUUCAAAUGUUAUGUAUGUUACUGUGUAUUUGCUGGUUAGUAUGCUUGUUAUAGUUAAUGCCUGUUGUUUAUGUAUUCUGUUAGGUGUUGUCUGUUUGGGUAAAGGUUAAUGUGUAUAUUGCCUUUUCUUUAAGUUAUAAUAUUCAUUCAGCUUGCAGCUAAAUGGUCCGUUGUUGUCCUUAUUUAAAUUUAUAUUUUCAAUAAAA